AUUAUUCGGAUAUAUGGCAACCCUUAAAUGUGUCUUCUGUUCUUAUGGAUUCAUCCAUCUCAACCUUUGAAGUUGUGCAAGUUAGUAGAGAUAUAUCCAAUGACUUCUCCACUGCCAGAGACUUUUGUCUAUCCGCUUGUUCAAAGAACCAGUCAUGUACAGUGGUUACACUGGAAAUCCAGCCUUCAGCAAUAAGAUGCCUUUUCUACCCUGAUACACAGAUGUGCAUACAUGGCCUGCAAGGGCACAGCUGCUGGGUUUUACUGAAAGAGCCAGCUACAUAUAUCUAUAGGAGACAAGAUUUAUUCCUGCCCAUUUCUGAAUCUGAUUUAACCCCAUCUGUGUACAUCCCAUCCCAUGGAGAUCUGAUGGGCAAAUCCCAGGUGAUCCACGUUGGCUCGGAGUGGAGAAAUAUCAACCAGUUCCUGGGGAUCCCAUACGCUGCACCUCCCCUUGCAGAGAGGCGCUUCAGUCCUCCAGAACCGUUUGCUUGGGUGGAAACCUGGAAUGCUACUGUGGCUCGGGCAACUUGUUGGCAGCCAGGAGAUGGAGAGGCCCCAUCACACUCUGUCAAUGAAGACUGCCUAUAUCUGAAUGUCUUUGUUCCUGCCACCACUGUCAAAAAUAUGUCAGCGCUGCUGUUCUUCCACAACGGAGGGAGUUACAAUGCUGAGGCGGAAAAGACAGCCAUAGAUGGAUCAUACCUAGCUGCCGUCAGUAACGUCAUUGUUGUGACAGCGAACUACCGGGUCGGUGUUUUUGGCUUCCUUAGUACUGGUUCUCCUGAGGCGAGCGGAAACGCUGGCCUUUUGGAUCAAUUGGCAGCUUUGAAGUGGGUGCAGCAGAACAUCGCUAGCUUUGGAGGAGAUCCAAACCAGGUUUCUUUAGGAGCCGACCGUGGCGGGGCAGACGUUACCAGCAUUCACCUGCUCACAGAGGCAGCAGAUAUGGACCUCUUCAGGAGGGUGUUGUUGAUGGGAGGUUCAGCUUUUUCUCCAGCAUCCAUUAUUACUAAGAAGAGAGCACAGACCCAAGCAGCAGUCCUGGCUGAAGAUGUGGGAUGUCCUUCAUCCACCAGUGAGGAAAUUGUAGCCUGCCUCCGGCAGUUGCCUGCUCAUGUCCUCAAUGAUGCACAGACUAAGCUCCUAGCUAUAAGUGGCCCAUUCCAGUACUGGGGUCCAGUGAUGGAUGGAAUUUACCUUCGGGAACCUUUAGCUAAAGCCCUGCAGCGCCCUCAACUUCGGAAAGUAGAUCUGCUCAUUGGAAGUGCUCAGCAAGAUGGGUUGAUCAGCAGAGCUAAAGCAAUUAAGAAAUUUGAAGAAAGUCAAGGAAGAGCCAACAGCAAAACAGCCUUUUAUCAGGCUCUGCAAAAUUCUCUAGGAGGAGAAGACUCCAACUCCUUCAUUGAAGAUGCAGCUACGUGGUAUUACUCCCUCGAACAUUCAACUGAUGAUUAUUCAUCCUUUUCCAGGGCUUUGGAAAAUGCCACCCGUGACCAGUUUAUCACGUGUCCUAUCAUAAACAUGGCCAGUCACUGGGCUGCUGCCUCCAGAGGAAAUGUCUUCAUGUACCACGUACCUGAGAAUGAAGGCCAUUAUGCUGCGGAGCUCUUACUGGAUGUUCAGUAUGCAUUUGGACUGCCAUUCUACCCAAAGUAUGAAGAACAAUUUACUCUGGAAGAAAAGAGCCUUUCCUUGAAAAUUAUGCAGUAUAUCUCCAAUUUUAUAAACUCUGGAAAUCCAAACUACCCUCAUAGUUUCUCAAGAAGAAUGUCAGGGGUGAUGCCCCCCUGGCCUAUGUAUCUGCCAAAUGAUGAUGGUGAUAACUACAAGGAGUUCACUGUUUCCUUGCCAACUCUUAAAGGAUUGAAAAAAGCAGACUGUUCCUUUUGGUCUGAUUAUAUCAGAAGACUGAAAGCAUCCACAG